UAUACUUUCACAGUACUGGUAAGGUCACAGGAGCUGCUCCGGCAGGAGGAGCCUUCAGAGCAGAACCUCUAAGUACAGGUGUAUUUACAUCUUACCCUAGGAGGUCCGAGCUACUGCUAGUUUUCUAUUCUACCGGGUGUGGAGCCCUCAUGGGCAGUGUUCUGGCCUUGGCUGGUGCGGGCCGUCAGAACUGGCCUUUCUCCUCGGACACACCCCCUACCCAGUGGGACACGCCCCUUCCUCACUGGGAUACGCCCCCUCGCUGGGAGAGGAGGGACGGACGCCUCCCCAACCCCGGGAGCUUCCAUGCCCUGCAUCACUCGUGCAAGGAUGUGUUCCCACAGCAGAUUGAAGGAGUAAAGAUGAUGGUCAACAAAACCCUCAGCAGCUUCUUCAAAGCCAGUCAUACCUUCCACCUCAGUGCAGUGAGUCCGUCUCAGUACCGCUUCCAUGUGGAGCACCGUCAGUCUGACAGUCACGGCAAAGAUACGGACUCCCCCGUGCUGAUCGGUGAGAUGGACUCCUCCGGCAGUCUGAAUGCUCAUUCGCUGCUGCAUCUUAGCGAACGAAUCAGGGCCAAGGCUGUGUUUCAGACCCAGCAGGCUCAGUUCAUGACGUGGCAGUUUGAGACGGAGUACAGAGGAAGUGACUUCACAGCUGCUGUUACCAUGGCGAACCCUGAUGUCCUACGGGAGUCAGUGAUCCUGGUUGCCCACUUCCUCCAGAGUGUGUGUUCAGGGCUGGUGUUGGGAGGAGAGCUGGUCUACCACAGAGGAAGACAUGAAGAGGGAGGGAUUCUCACCCUGGCUGGACAGUACUCAGGUCCUAACUGGGUGGCGACACUGAAUGCUGGGAAAGGAGGAGCUCACGCCAGCUACUACCAUAGAGCUAACAAACAGAUCCAGGUGGGGGUAGAGUUUGAGGCCAGUACCAGGACCCAGGAGACGACGGCCUCCUUCGGGUACCAGAUGGAACUACCUGAGGCUAACAUGGUGUUCAGAGGCAUGGUUAACAGUAGGUGUAUAAUUGGAGGAGUACUGGAGAAGAGUCUGUCUCCUCUCCCUGCUACACUGCUGAUGGGAGCCUUCGUUAAUCACCGUGGUGACAAACUGCAGGUGGGGCUGGGAAUCAAUGUGGGCUAGACUACAACACCCACAACCCUCUACAGAAGGGACUCCCUCACAUGCCCCUCCCCCAGCCUUGUGGCCUCGUGGGAAACGGCGUUCCUGUUUUUGGAGGAAGAAAAUGGUGCAGCAAGAAUUCCCCCCCUAGCGACCACAUGGCUACUGUUACAUCACUUCCUGUUGAAAAACCUGAACUGGACAGACUCACGAGAUGUCAGCUCCACACAUAGAGAGCGAUAGAGGACUAAAUUUAGUAUCUGUGACAUUAUAUCAUCUGACACAGCAUGGGCAUUUUGAAGUAGUACAUUCUCUUCUUAAACGAUUGGCUGAUCAAUCUUGAUGACCCAGUUAAACAUGGCUCCAAUAGGUUCAUCAGGAAGGAUCAGCCAAUAAAGUUGGAAGUCCCACCCAGUUGACUACAUUAAAAUGGUGGAAUCCAUCAAUGGCACUGUCCAUGCUAAUAUAGCCUUUUGGCCACUAGAGGUCUCUAUCAUUCUCUAUGACUCCCCCACACCUCAUAAUGCAUAAUGGACAGCUCAUAGUAAUAGCUGGAAUCAAACCAUGUGUUUGAUACCAUUCCAAUGAUUCCGCUCCAGCCAUUACCACGAACCCAUCCUCCCCAAGUAAGGUACCACCUGUG